UUUGCUUCUUUUUUCAUUCCAAAGAAACCCAUAUGGAACCACCUCGUUAUUAUUCUAGAGCUAAACCCCAAUGUCGUCUGUCGGAUCCGGCUCACCCGCACAAGCUUUGUCGACGGCAACGGCGAUUUAAUGGUCCACUUUCUAACUGCUAUACGUGCAAAGGCAAGCAUAUAGAGGGUAGAAAGUACUAUUACUAUUGUGCUACUUGCAAUUUAGAGUUUCACAGAGGCUGUCACCUCUAUCCGCCGGAGAUAAGACACCCUUUUCACCCCUCUCACCCUCUCACCCUCGUCUCCUUACCACCUGAUUUUGAUGUUUCUAAAGUACCCCCCAAUUUCUGGGACGGCUCCUCAAGGGCUUCAGAAGGAUCGAUACACGAAUUUGAUGUUGACUCUGAAGACGGUGGCCAUGAUGAUGACGACAACAAUUUGAAUGAGGAUGAUGUUAUUAUUGCUAAUGAUAAUAAUGGUGAUGGCGAUGGUGACAGUGAUGGUAAUGAUUAUAUUGAUGGUGGCAAUGAUGGUGAUGACGAUGAUGAUUAUGAUUUUGGACCUGAUCGUUAUACUCGUGUUGCUGGAUAUUAUUGUCAUAAUUAUGAUUAUCACUAUAAUGCUGCCUAUGUCUCUUUAUCUGGCGGAAAUGAUGACCGCAAAUGCAAAUGUUGUCAAGAUCCUUUAAAAGAGGUACAUUAUCAUUGUUCUAUCUGCAAGUUCAAUCUUAACAUGAGUUGCUCGUUGAGACCACCACCUCCAGCUAUCUCACACUUGAAAAGUCACGAGCACACUUUCACCCUGUUCCCUAUACGACUCCCUUCGCCAUGUGAUGUUUGUGGCUUGUCUUUAAGCAACACCAAAGAUCACAUCUACGCUUGUCUCCCUUGCAGCCACAUGGUCCACAGAUCAUGUAUCUAUUUACCUCGUGUCAUUCAGAUUACCCGACACCGACACCGUCUCUCCCUCACUUCCUCCCUUCAACCUGGUGAUUUCGCUUGCGGAGUUUGUCGCCAAACCGUCAACAUCAACUACGGGCAAUACUCUUGUAACAAGGGAUGCAACUAUGCUGUCCACUCGAAAUGUGCAACGAGGGAAGAUGUGUGGGAUGGACAAGAUCUUGAAGGAGUGCCUGAAGAACCCGAUGAAGAUGUCGAGCCAUUUGUGAGGAUUGAUGAAGAGACGAUUAAACAUUUCAGUCAUGAGCAUCAUCUGAAGCUCCAUGAAAUGAAUACCAUUUGCGAGAAAGAUAAGCUUUGCGAGGCAUGUACUAUCCCAAUUAUAAUCUCUCAGAGAUUUUAUGGUUGUAUGGAGUGUGAUUUUGUUCUCGACGAAUCAUGUGCAUCUCUUCCUCUCAAAGUAUACCAUCCACUACAUAAACACAAUCUUACCCUCCGCCCCUUCCCUACUCAUGAGUUCUCCAAGAUCGUGGAUAAUAUUUCUGCCAAAGGCAUAUUUGAAUGUGAUGGUUGCCACCGACUAGGUUGUGGGUUCAUGUACAGAUGCAGUGAAAAAAUUUGUGGUUUUCGACUAGAUGUCAGGUGCGCCUCCCUUCCAGAUCCUUUAAGUCAUGGCUGUCAUCCACAUGAUCUAUUCUUCAACUUGACCAAAGGUAAUUGCAUGGGGUGUGGUUCUGAUAAGUGUUCAUCCUUUUUCCUAGAAUGUAUUAAAUGCAACUCUUUUUUGGGUAUAAAAUGUGCCUCUUUGCCGUGUGAGGCACACUACAAACACGAUAGACAUCCACUCACUCUCUGCUGCGGUGAAGAAGAUAAAACAAGUGGCCAAUACUGGUGUGAGAUAUGUGAAUCAGAAUUAGAUCCAAAAACAUGGUUUUUUACAUGUGACUGUUGUAGGAUCACUCUCCAUGUCGACUGUUUAAUGGGGAAAGAUAUGUACAUGAAGCUUCCAUACAUCUUCAAAAUAGGUCAUCGUCGUCGUGAAGUUGAAAUUGCUCGCAAUGAUGGUAACUCUCGGCUGUUUUGCACUAAAUGUAAACGUCAUUGUAUGCAGACUUUACUAUACAAGAGGAUAGGUAGACACCAAAGUUAUUGUACUCUUAAAUGUUUGGGAGAUCGGCUUAUGCUAGAAUUCUAUUAAAAUGAUGAUGGAUGAUACA